CCCGUGAUGGAUCAAGCUAAAUCUGAGAUUAUCCAAGCUCAUCCUAUCGGCAAGCAUCUGGAUGCAUUCUGCACGUUGUUUGAUUCCCAACACACCCUCUAUACACUCAGCGAUGAAGAUCUCCAGAACCUAACUAUCGAUGUUAUCUUGGCUUUGCAAGGCCUUAGGGCGUCCCGUCUGCUUCCUUCGAGCAGGAAUGGCAAGAAUCUAUUUGACGAUCUAUCACGACUUAAUUCCGCUGUUAAUUCCGACAGUUUUGACUUGACCUACAUCAAACCCCUCUUGACUGCAAUCCUUGCCAUCUACAAUUCUAUCACCGAAUCCACUCCGCCUUCCCGGCUGGUCGCAUCCUCCAUCCAAUAUGAACUCGGCGCCAUGUACGUCGGCGUUCCUAGAUUCUACGAAGCAUUUUUCGGAGGUGUGGCAGAGCUCGAGACAGCAUCCGAGGCCAUCUUCAAGAAGUGUACUGCGGGAACCAGUCCACUUUUCCAGGAAGGAUGGACUGGGUGGCCAGGAGAUGCAAAUGAGACGAGUGUCCUAAGCUGGUUGGCAGACUUUAGCGAGAAACUGGUUACAUUAGCAGAGGAUCACAGGUCGACCUCGACACGAAGACCAUUAGCACAACCUCACAAGUCGAUCGAGGGUUCGACCGUAGAGCGCAAGUUAGACGUCGGCUUCGUGAAUAAUUCCAAGGCGGGAAAAGAUACAAGGUGCAAAUGGUCACAGAUUCUCAUCCCUGGGGAACUCAAGAGCAACCCCUCGGCCGACAUAGCUCCAAAAGCAUGGCUCGACAUUGGGAGACACGCAAAAGAAGUGCUUGCCGCCCAAGAUACGCGUCGAUUUAUUCUGGGCUGUACACUCUGCGGAUCUCUUAUGCGAUUUGUGUCUACGAUCCUUGGCUUCCUCUGGAUGAACGAGGAGGAGCUUGGGUUCGACCCGACAAUCAAAGCAGCAGAUGACCAGCGCUUCAUCUUGAUUGAACGGAACAACCGGAAAGAACGUCUUAUAAUUGAUGAACUGAUAAUACGACCGCGGUGCAUAGCAGGUCGAGCAACGACAUGUUGGAAAGCCCAUCUCGAGGAAGAUCCCCGGAUACCUCUUGUUAUCAAGGACUCGUGGCAAUAUAUAGAACGAGAUGAGGAAGGCGACUUGCUCCGUGAGGCAACAGACAAGGGUGUAAUAAACAUGGCGCGGUACUAUCAUCACGAGACAGUUCGAGUGUACGAUAUGGAUGAUGACAUUCAGAGCAGUGUUCGGAAGGGAAUAGACAUCACGAGCGCGAAAAACUACCAACCGGAACGCUCGAUGCCAUCGUUAAAAAAUAGCACAGGUGACAGCAGUGAUACCAGCCGGAAGCGCCCAUUCAGCCAAACCAACGCCCCUCUACCACCCAGCAAGCGAUCUUGUUCAGCAUCUCUGACCAAGUUCAGUCUCCAUACGCUCCCAAAUCGGGUACGUCGCCGCGUCAUUCUUCGUGACCAUGGCAAACCCAUCUACCAGGCAAGCUCCCGAGCAGCUUUGCUUGCGGCGCUGGAGGGCUGUAUUAAAGGACAUGAGUCCCUUCAGCAGGCUGGCUUCCUUCACAGAGACAUUUCAAUCAACAAUCUUAUGAUCAACGAAGAAGAGGAAACCCAUUCUUGGCCUUCGUUCUUAAUCGAUCUGGACCUUGCGAUCAAAGUACAGCGAGAUAGCGUCUCAGGAGCACGGGGCAUGACUGGCACGAGGGCGUUUAUGGCCAUUGGGAAACUUAUAGGCGAGCAGAACUCCUACAUGCAUGAUCUCGAGUCGUUCUUCUGGGUUCUCUUCUGGAUAUUCAUCCACUACGAUGGGCCACAUAAGAGCAGAGUUAAUGACCGGUUUGAGAAGUGGCAUUACGUGGAUACGGAGGAGCUUGCUGGGAUAAAAUUUGGCGUCGUCGCCUCCGAGAAUAUUUUCCGGAAGACCGCCACAAAAUUCUUUACUGAGUACUAUGCACCACUGAUCCCCUGGGUUAAUAGGCUAAGAAGGACGGUAUUUCCGAACGGCGAGGGGUGGACUAAGGCGAACCCAGAAAUAUACAGUUCGAUGAAGGAAAUCCUUCGCGAAGCUCAAAAGGAUCCAGAAGUGGUGGGCGUGUAG